UCUGGGAUGUUUACAUUGAACAAGCUAGCAGUGGGAUGGCGGAGGACGCGCCGGAGCCUGUGGGACGACGGUUACAUCUUGUACGGCGCUGUUGGUAACCUCUCCCUGCCCGUGUGCUACGAAGCGGCGCAGAGCAGGCUUUCAAAAAUAAGCUGCUAAUCGGACUGAGCGUUUUAUUUUGAAAGUUAAAUAAAAGAGACAUUCAUUACGCCAUCAACAACCGCCAUCACCAGAAAGCCUAGUCGCUCAAGUGUCGAGGCUGCCACUUCCUGGGGCGUAAAGGACACAGCUGCUCUUCCCCAUGGAUGCCCAGCUGCAAAACCAGCAUGUACCAACGCCUUUGGUCCAACCUCAGAAGCCUCUACAGCCCGACAUGGGGUACAACUGCCUAGCCAACUUUCAUGUUGAGAAGAAAAUCGGAAGAGGACAGUUUAGCGAAGUGUACCGGGCCAAGUACUGGCUAGACAACACGUCCGUAGCUUUGAAAAGAGUUAAGAUAUUCGAGUUGAUGGAUGCCAAAGUCCGGCAAGAUUGCAUCAAAGAAAUAGAUCUCCUUAAGCAAUUGAACCACCCCAACGUAAUUAAGUACUAUGCAUCGUUCAUUGAAGAGAAUGAACUGAACAUAGUUCUGGAGCUUGCUGACGCUGGGGACCUUUCGCAGAUGAUAAAGCACUUCAAGAAGCGGAAGAGGCUGAUCCCUGAGCGGACUGUCUGGAAGUACUUUGUCCAGUUGUGCAGCGCCCUGAAGCACAUGCACUCAUGUCGCAUUAUGCACAGAGACAUAAAGCCAGCUAAUGUGUUCAUUACCGCCACCGGGGUAGUAAAACUCGGGGACCUGGGGCUGGCCCGUUUCUUCAGCUCCCAAACCAGGGCGGUUCACUCGUUAGUAGGCACCCCUUAUUAUAUGUCUCCAGAGAGGAUGCACGAGAAUGGAUACAACUUCAAGUCUGACAUCUGGUCUCUGGGCUGCCUGCUCUAUGAGAUGGCCGCCCUGCAGAGCCCCUUCUACGGAGACAAGAUGAACCUGUACUCCCUGUGUCAGAAGAUCGAGCAGUGCGAGUAUCCCCCCCUGCCGUCGGAUCACUACUCCGUAGAGCUAAGGAAUCUGGUGGAGAUGUGCAUCAACCCGGACGCAGAGAAGAGGCCGGACAUCACUUCUGUGUACGACAUUGCCAAGAGGAUGCUGGACAUGACCCUCGCUACCUAGGACUCCAAAACAAGAAAAGGGUUGGGGGGGGGGGGAGAUCUAGAGGGUUUCUAUAGCAUAAGCGUAUUCAUAGUGUCCUUUGAAUCUAACCAGUGAACUUAAAGGAGCAAAAAUUGCUACCAAAAAACUUUCCCAUAAUUCACAGGGAGGAAAAAAUUGCAGUGACAAGUUCUCAUAAUUUCUCCCUGUGAAAAGCGAAGGGUUUGCAUUAUAUAAAAAUGAGUCUAAUAGCUGGAUUAUUGCUGUUCUCUCAUGCAGAAGCACCGGCUGUUUCCUGGCAUGUUCCCAUAGGCAUAGUUUAUAAGGUUUUGAUAAGGCGUCAAUGGUUUAUGAUUUAUUAUCGUACGGUUUUAGACAUAUGCGUGAAUGUAUGUGUGGAUCCGUCCCCACAGACCAUCCACCUUCUUGUUCUGUGAAGUGUUGCUUGCUUAUUCUGCCGGAUCUCACUCAGGAGAGCGAGCACUUUGAGGGCAGCGGAGGAAGGUUUGUUCUGCCUUUGUUAUGCUCUCGGAGGCCACAAGCGAGGAAUCCAUUUCUAAGACAUUUUCCUCCUUCAGUGUCCCCCCCCCUCCCCCCCCCCCACUCAGAUCCAUGUGCAUUCGCUCCCCCAGUGCAGUUCAUCAGCUCUUCGUCUAUCUGGCCACAAGGUUCUCUGGCUUUCAAGUGCAAUUGGACCCGGAGACCCAGUUUAGACUUUGCAAACCUGAAAGAGCACCGGAGGAAAUGUUUAAACCAAAAACGACUGCAAGUUUAGAUGAACCUGAUGAUAUGGACCAUAAUACGAGUUAUUUUGUCUGUCAGUCUUGUUAGCUUAUACAAGUAACUUAUAAGUAAAGUUUUUGGAUAACUGCACAUGUAUAACAUACAAGCAAAUGUACGUACCAUGACACUGCAAGUAGGUUUGUCUCUUGGAGUGGGAGAUAUCAAGAGCAUUGUUCUGAUCAGGGCUGCCUUUCUGUCAAUGUCCUUUAACAUAUUACGUAUGUUAAAGCAAGACUCGUGGAGCAGUGACCCCCACCUCUCCACACACACACACACACUCCUGUCGAUGUUGGCCAUCCGUUGUUUGACUCUAUGUCAUUAUGUAAACAAGGAAUCAGUUCAACGACAGAUGUUGGACAUCACGUCACGGUACGUUUUUAUCGUCUAGUCUCUGUCCAGUAUUUGUAUCCUGAACAGACUAUUUCUGAAUCAUUCUCACAUCUAUAAACUAUCAAGUACAAUUCCUUGGCUAGUCAUGAUACGUCUUUGUGUUGUGUAUCAAUCGCUUUACGGUAAGUAUUUUGCAGGUAGAUAGGAGCAUUGAUAACCUGCCUUGAAAAUGAAUAAGCAGUUUCUGCAAAGUGCCUUGAACUAUUUAUCAUCGAUGUUGUAAUUAUAAGACUUGUAUCAUGAUUAUUUGGUGUAUUGCAUCAGACAGUGGUAGACGACAGUUGGCUUUCAGAUGUAUUCAAGUGUUUAUUGUAAUGACUGGAUGUACUAUGUUGUGUCGAGUGAACAAGUUUUCUUUUGGAUCCUGGUAAAAUGGCCGCCUGGUUCUUUAGGUGUCACAUUUUGCAUAUCAUCACAAUUUAUGUAAAAUCUUUCAAUCCAUAUACGGCAACCAAAAAAAAAAACACUUUUCAGAUUUGAAAUGCUAGAUGAAUCCAAUGUUUAAUGAAUCUCUGAACUGAGAUGUUUCCCAUUCUUCAGUCUUUUUUUUAACCAAAUAAAUGUACAGGUUAUCGAAUGCCUGCAUAAAUUUUCUUUGCAAAUAACACCAAGGCAUGACAACUUUUUCCCCUCCUCUUGGCAUUCUGUACGGCUCUUAUUUUGAAGCACAAAAGGCUAGUUAUUUGUUUCAGCCCUCAUUUUAGAUUGUUUUAUGUUUUUUUCAUGAUACAUUUUUCUAUGCAGUUUAAAUAAACGAUUAGAAAUGUA